GCCGAUUCUCGGAGUAGAGAGUCAGUUGAAAUCCUCCUAUCAACUCGAAUAGAAGAAGCAAGACGAUGUUCUCCCUAUUGGUUGGAUUGACUUUGGUAGCUCAAUUGGCCCAAGCCGGUCACAUUAACCGAAGGCAAACUCCUUUGGUCCAUGAUGACAUGCCUUGCUUGGCCGAAAACCUCCGGGAGACGGAUCACUAUAUUUGCAACGACGACAACGAGAUGAUCUGUUUGUCCGGAUGGUCCGAACCCGCCAACCAGUGUCGCACUCCCGUUUGCCAAUUCCGGACCGCGGAAGCCGAUGUGACCAAAACUUGCAAGCAUGGAGAUUGUGCCCGACCCAAUGUCUGUGCUUGUGAGGUGGGAUGGGAUGGGGUGGCUUGCGAUGAGUGCAUUCCGUUGCCUGGAUGUCUGGAUGGUACUUGCGACGAUGCGUUUGAGUGCAAUUGCCGGAACGCCUCUCGAUAUACGGGAGCCAGUUGCGACAUCCCCGUUUGUAGAGAAGGCUGUGCCAACGGAUAUUGUGUGGACCCUCAAGAGUGCAUUUGCGAGGACGGUUGGAGUGGCCAGCUCUGUGAUGAGUGCAUCACGUUACCUGGAUGUCUCAAUGGACAUUGUAGUACAAGUCCCUUGGAGUGUACUUGCAAUGAAGGCUGGAUGGGAUCCCUGUGUGACUGUCCCAUCUGCAAGAAAGGUUGCAAUAUGGAUCAUGGUUUCUGCACCAAUGAGAAUAGUUCCACCGAUGAAUGCAUCUGUUAUCCCGGCUACAAGGGCGAGACCUGCAACGAAUGCAUUAAAUAUCCGGGUUGUCCCUCAGAGGGAUAUUGUACCGAGCCCUGGGAAUGUCUGUGUCCAUCGGGAGUGAACCAUAAAUAUUGUAACACCACAGUGAAACACAAUCUCUUACCUGAAUAUUAUCACCACGAAAUGUCCAAGACAUGUUGCGAAAUGAACAAAGCUCUUUCGGCUAUGUCUGGCAAGGGCAACACUCAGGAGGACUCUAAAUUUGACUUUAACCUUGGAUUUGGGGGCGGAGACUCUCCUUUUGGCCCUGACUUGACUGAGGGAGAUGCCGUGAAUGCGGAUGACUUUGGAGGUAAAGAAGUCAAGGAGAUCGGCUCUCGGCUCGCAAGAAACGUUUCUUUUUCUUUCAAUUGGCCUUGAUAUGCAAUAAUGUUCUUACUCUUUUGUAGGGCAAAACCCAGUCAGCAGCGACACCUUAUAAGUUGAGUCGAGUUAAGGAAGAAGCCAACUUGAAAAUUUGAUCUUCAUCUGGUGACUGGAUUGAAUGGACAAAUGCUCAUCUUGGCUUCAUCGGUCACGGCAAUAACACGCAAUUAUCAAAACAGAAAAUGAGCCCUGCAUCUCCAAAAAUUUGCUUGAACGGAAAUUUGCGGAAAUGCGAAACCAAUCAUUCAGAUAGCGCUUUCAAACGAAUAUGACACUUGCUCCAAUCACAAAUAUCAACAAUUCAUUCAGUACGCAGAGUACUCCGAGCUCCACUCCUAUAUUGAACCCUACAUGCAUUUUGUUCUAUAUUGCUGAUAGAAUACUCGAAUUGAAUGUGACCCAAUAAAACGAUUUUCAACGUGA